AUGGCAGACAAGUCAAGACCCAUAAUGUCUUUGUUGAAGAAGGCCAGCAAGUUCCAAUGGACUGAAGAAUGUGAGUCCUCAUUUCAAGACUUCAAGACAAUGCUCACAGCCCCGCCAUUGCUUGCUAAACCGAACCCCCAGCUAGAGAUGAUCGUCUACAUCUCGGUGUCUGACAAAGCUAUUAGCACGGCUCUAGUGCAAGAACAAACGAAACAAAUGUCGGUAUACUUCAUCAGUCGAGUCUUGCAAGAAGUCGAGACCCGGUACCAACAUCUUGAGAAAACGGUUCUAGCUCUCGUACACACGGCCCGACGUCUCCGACACUACUUCCAGAGCCACAAAGUCGUCGUCAAGACAGAUAGCCCGAUUGUCAAGGUCUUGCAGAAGCCCGAACUAGCCGGACGAAUGGUUGCUUGGUCCAUAGAACUAUCGCAAUUCGAUAUUCGUUUUGAACCAAGAGGACCCAUCAAAGCACAGAGCAUGGCCGACUUCAUAAACGAAUUCACUCCGGAAGUACCACCUAAGCCGCAUGUAUGGACUUUGCAUGUAGACGGGUCGUCAAACCAACAGGGUAGCGGAGCCGACAUUAUACUAGAAGGUCCUGGUAAAGUGGUGGUCGAACAAUCACUACAAUUCGGUUUUAGGACUUCCAACAACCAAGCCGAGUAUGAGGCCCUUCUCGCCGGCUUAAGGCUGGCAAACGACCUAAGCAUCACUAGAGUUAAGUGUUGGAGUGAUUCACAAGUGGUUACUGGACAUGUCAACGACACCUUCCAAAUUAAAGAGCCAACACUACUAUUAUACUUCCAUGCUUUCCAGAAGCUGAGAAACAAUUUCGAUGACGUUCGCGUUGAGCACAUACCCCGGGAACUUAACGCAAGAGCCGAUCAAUUGGCUAAGCUAGAAACCAGCAAGAAAACUAGCCAUUUGCGCAGCAUGAUACAACAAGAACUAAAAAAGCCAAGCAUCGUGGAAGCUGAGUGUUUACACGUCCAGCAGGGGAAUCCUAAUUGGAUGACCGGUAUAGUUAAGCACCUUUUGACUGGAGAACUACCUGCCAACCCCUUUGACGCUAAGAAGAUGAGAAUCAUGGCAGCACGGUAUACAUUAGUAGCUGGAGAGCUAUAUAAGUGGGGCAUCUCAUCGCCCCUGUUGAAGUGCUUAACUCCCGAACAAGCGCACUAUGUCCUCCGAGAAAUCCACGAAGGCAUAUGCGGAACUCACUCGAGAAUUCGAACUCUCGCAGCCAAGGUCAUCCGGGCCGGUUACUAUUGUUAG